ACAAAGAAUUUUAGUAAUGUCAAAAAAUUUGUUUACAAAAACAACAAUCGAAUAUUUUAUAUUUUAAUUUCACAAACAUGGCACAUUUACAGUUUGUAGAUGAAUUGGUGCGAGAAUAUCUAUUGUUUAGGGGAUUUACUUCUACUGUAAAGGCAUUUGAAAAUGAUCUGAAAGCUGAUAAAGACAAAGGUUUCAGGGUUGAUAAAAUUGUUGAACAAAUUGUACAUUAUAUUAAUGUUUCUGAUCUCAAUGGAUUAAAAGAAUACUGGACCCAUCUGGAUAACUUAGUUUUUUCCAAACUUGAAGUUCAUGUUCAACCAGCUGUUCGUAAAAUAGAAUAUAGUCUUUAUAAACUGUACUUGGUAACAGCUGCACAAAGUACAGGUGGUGUGAAGAAUGAGAAAGUUGCGGAGUUUUUUGCAAAAAUGCUGCCUGAAUUGCAAGGACAAAGUGAAUGGAGGGAUUGGUUUAUGUUACCCUACAUACAAAAGCCGGAAGAAAAUCCCUCAUUCAGUUUGUACUUCACAAGGGCAUGGCAAGAUAGCGUGCUAGUAUCCUUACAUAAUCUACUAGCUACAGUAUUCCAAUGUAUGCCGCAACCAACGCUCACAAGCUAUGAGAGUGAUGCAGCUUUGGUUAAGAGAUUGCAAGAGGAAAUAGCCUCAUUGAAAGGAAAGUCACUACAACCACAGAAUGAUAAAAUAUCUCCAAGUGGGCAUCAAUCACGUCUCUCGCAGUAUUCAGAAAGACUGAGUGGCCCACUCCCACUGAUUGACGAUUUUUCAGCCAUACCAGCUGAGCAGUUAGAUAGUGGGCUUCGAGAAGCAAAAGGGCUUCGAGGCUUGCUUCGACAAAUGGGUGGGAGCCCAGUUAUGGGCAGGAAACCAGGAAGAUCUCAUAGUCAAAAUUAAUUAACUCAAAUGAUUCUCAUAUUUUAUUUUAAUAUAUAUAUAUAUAUAGAUUACAAUUACAAUAAAUUGGAAUUACAUUCUG